AUGCAAACCUAUCAAAUAUUAAUUUGGAUCAUCUCCGUAAUAUCACUAUCACAUUGUUGGUCUCCAACCGAUUCAUAUGCACCUGGACGCAUAGAAUGUCCUAGCUCUGAUAUUUUGAGAGUUGCCGAUAGUAUCUCAGAAGAAGAACGUGAUUGGUUAAGUGGGAGAGAUGAAGUUACUAAUGAAAAGAUUGUUGACUUUCUCAAGUACGCUAAUAUGUCAGAUAUCAAUCCAGAGGAUUAUGGAAACUUGAAUAGAAGCAUUCACAUUGGGCUUGCAUUCUCUGGUGGUGGUUAUCGUGCUAUGUUAAACGGAGCAGGUCAAUUAAGUGCUUUAGAUGAAAGAACCAAAAGUCCAGACGGUGGAAAGGCAAAAGGAUUGAACGGAUUGCUUCAAGCCAGUACUUAUAUUGCAGGGUUAUCUGGUGGAAGUUGGUUAGUCGGAUCUAUUGUUUUCAACAACUUCACCUCAGUCCAGGAUAUUGUUGAUCAUAAAACUGACAUUUGGAACUUGAAACAUUCUAUUGUAAAUUAUGGUGGAUUGAAUGUUUAUAAAACCUAUAAAUACUACAAGGGUAUUUCAGAUGACUUAAACAAGAAGGAAGAUGCUGGAUAUGAAUUAUCCUUGACCGAUACGUGGGGAAGAGCAUUGGCUCAUCAAUUUCUCACUACCCUCAAUGAUACAGGUGCUUCCCUCACAAUGAGCUCUGUUCAAGACUGGGAUGUGUUUAAGAACUAUGAAAUGCCAUUCCCAAUAUUUGUUAGUGAUACUAGAUCACCAAAUAGUCAAAUUAUUAAUCUCAAUUCAACUUUGACUGAGUUUAACCCAUUUGAGAUGGGAAGUUAUGAUGCCAGUUUGUACCAAUUCACUAAAAUAAAGUACUUGGGUACUGAUUUAGAGGAUGGAGAUUCAAACGGAACAUGUAUUGGUGGGUUUGAUAAUGCUGGAUACAUCAUGGGAACAUCUUCAACUUUGUUUAAUCAAUUUGUGUUGCAAAUUAACACAACUUCAUUGUCCUCAGCAAUUAAAUCUAUUGUCAGCUCAAUAUUGAAAAAGGUGGAUAAAGAGGAGGAUGAUGUAGCUGUAUAUGAACCAAAUCCGUUUUACAAGACAGAUGUGGGUACCUCAUCUCAUAUUGCCAACAAUGAGACAUUAACCCUCGUUGACGGUGGUGAAGAUGGUCAAAAUAUCCCAUUGUCUCCUUUGAUUCAACCAGUUAGAAACGUUGAUGUUAUCUUUGCAUUUGACAAUUCGGCAGAUACUAAUGAAUACUGGCCAAAUGGAACUUCAUUAACUCAAACUUUUGACAGGCAAUUUUCCGAAACUGGGAAUGGAACCAUUUUCCCUUAUGUUCCUGAUGUAAACACAUUUGUCAAUUUGAACCUUACUGCUAGACCAACAUUUUUUGGAUGCGAUGCCAGAAACUUGUCAUCAUUGCUUCAACAUCGAAACAUCAGUUCUUAUAGCAAUCAAUCUAGUUCCUACACCGUUUACGAUUCACCAUUGAUUGUUUACACUGCCAAUCGUCCAUUCUCGUACUGGUCAAACACAUCGACAUUCAAAUUGCUGUAUGAUGACGACGAACGUAACUCAAUCAUUAGAAAUGGAUUCGAGGUUGCUUCAAGACACAAUUUGACUUUGGAUCCAGAAUGGCCAGCUUGUGUCGGAUGUGCAAUCAUUAGAAGACUGCAAGAAAGAAAUGGAGAAGAACAAACUGAACAAUGUAAGAGAUGUUUUGAAAGAUACUGUUGGGACGGAAGCUUGGAUGCUGACGAUGAAAAUAGGUUGAACUUCACCGAUGAAGGUACUACAAGUGGCAAUGAGGGUACAAAAGUAAGUGGAGCAAACAUGAUUUCGUUUAGCUGGACUUUAUGGUUGGGUUCGUUGGCUAUUGUGAGCUUGCUUGUAUUUCAACAAUUUUAG